CUCCGGCUCCUGAUGGCACGCUGGGUUUGGGAGUGCAGGAGGGAGAUGUCCCAUACAGCCUGACAGGCAAACACACACUCAGAAGAAGAGAGAGACAACAAGAGAGAAAGAAAGAAAGAGAGAGAGCGAGAGCAAGUGCAUGCAAGCUAUUGCUGGCUAAGAAAUAGCAUCAACUGCAGUGCAAAACACAGAGGAUCUCCUGCAAAACUAAAGAUGUCGCAGGUGUGUCGUGGCCGUGGGACCCCCCUGCCGGUGGUGGGUGUAGGACUGUUGGUACUGGUGUGUGCAAAGUGGGCUGAGCCAUACAGACCCCCAUACCCUGACGGAGACCAGGACAGGUACGACCCGAGAGAUUACCGGCAGGAAAACUCAGACUACCACAGAGAGAACAGUGACAGCAGGAGAACAGAGUGUCGGCGAUGCUGUGACCCAAUGGAUGAGCCACAGCAGCAAAGCAGUACUUAUCCUCAGUACCAGGUGGUUCCACAGAUAAACAUCACUAUCCUCAAAGGGGAAAAAGGAGACGUUGGGCAGCGUGGGCCCUAUGGAAAAGCAGGCAAAGCUGGGAACGCAGGUCAGCGAGGAGUGCAGGGCAUAAAGGGCACCAAGGGCAGCAUUGGAAUUCCAGGAGAAGCCUGCAAGUCCUACUAUGCUGCUUUCUCCGUAGGCCGCAAGAAAGCCCUGCACAGCAACGACUACUACCAGACCCUGGUGUUCGACACUGAGCUGGUCAACCUGUACGGCCACUUCAACAUGUUCACAGGAAAGUUCUUCUGCUACGUACCGGGGAUUUACUUCUUCAGCCUGAACGCGCACACGUGGAACCAGAAGGAGACGUACCUGCACGUGAUGAAGAACGAGCAGGAGAUGGCCAUCCUGUACGCCCAGCCCAGUGACCGCUCUAUCAUGCAGAGCCAGAGCCUGAUGCUGGAGCUGGAGAGAGACGACGAGGUGUGGGUGCGGCUCUAUAAGGGCGAGAGGGAAAACGCUGUCUUCAGUGAUGACUUUGACACUUACAUCACGUUUAGCGGCUACCUCAUCAAAGCCAAGAGUGAAGGCUAGUGGACUUCAGUGAAGUGGUUGCAAGCAUGAAAUAUAAGAGUAUUUGUGCAUUUGGUAACUGUUAUUGCAUCAUUUUUUUAUAUUUUCUAUAUUUGUAUUGGACAUGUAAAAUAUAUAUAACAAGCCCAUCUCGAGUUAUGUAACCUUAUGAUACAUUUAUCUGCAUAUGAAGUGAACAGAGACUUGAGAAGAAUAGCAGGGACUUUGGGAGCAUAAAGCUGAACUGAGAACUAA